AUGCCUAAUGCCUGCCGCAAGCGUUAUGAGCGGUUGAUUAAGCGUAAGAACGUCGACGACUGGGACACUCGCAGGAUGCAAAGGCUGGCCAAGGAGUACAUGAGCAAGCAUGCACCAAUUACACAGUCUGCUUUGGAUGAAGCUCUGGCUGAAGAUCUGUCUGAAUGA